GUCGGAAGGAAGAGUGAUGAAGUUUACUCUGGUGGCGAUCGCGGCGACGGCCUUGUGCGCCUUGACGUCAACCUUCACGGAAGCCCGAGCACUUCGUGUGACGGCAAAUGAUCAAAAUUCUCCUGAACAACUCGACACUACCUUGGAUAAGCUCAAUCUCGCGGCGCUGAAAUUUGGUAGCCGUGUGCUGACUGAAAUCUCCGUCGAAAGAGCUUUGCAAGAGGCAACAACCACGGUAGCCCCUACUGCUGCUGCAACUCCCGCGUCGAAUAAGAAACCCCGGCGCAACAAGAAACCUCGAACCAAGAAACCCCGGCGCAACAAGAAGCCUCGAACCAAGAAACCUCGUCGCGGUAACAAGCCGAAGGCGAAAAAAUCCGGCAAGGUGAAGAAGUCUGGAACCCCCAAGAAGCCUCGCACCAAGAAGCCGAAGGCGAAAAAGCCGGUCAAGAAGUCUGGCACCUCCAAGAAGCCUCGCAGCAAGAAGCCGAAGGCAAAAAAGCCUGCCACGAACGCCUAGACUGGUGCUUCGUGCUGAACAUUGAGUAAUAAUACAUCGGAGUGACGAUUUCGUACCA